AUGGAUGUCUCGUCGGGGGCCAUGAUCCCCUUGAUCAAGAAGCUCGGGAGCCUACUCGUGGAUGAGUACAACCUGGAGAAACGCGUGAAGAAAGGCGUCAAGUCUCUGAUCACAGAGCUAAAGAUGAUGCACGCUGUUCUACGAAAGAUCGGCGCCAAGCCACCGGAGCAGUUCGACGAGGAGGUCCUCAUCUGGGCGGGCAAAGUGAGGGAGCUCUCCUACCAUAUGGAGGACGCCGUCGACGCCUUCAUCGUGCGCGUGGAGGACGUGGGCCAUGACCAUGGCUCCACCAACAUGAAAAACAAAGUCAAGAAGUUCCUCAAAAGGGUCACCAAACUGUUUACCAAGGGUAAGGCUCUUCAUCAGAUCUCCGAUGACAUUGAAGAAGCUCAGCGGCUCGCCAAGGAGUUAGGCGACCUGUGCCAGAGGUAUAUGAUUGAGGCGCAGGCCAACAGUAGUGGCGAUGCCAUUGAUCCUCGCCUCAAGGCGGUGUAUAAAGAUGUCACGGAGCUCGUUGGGAUAGAUCAUGUAAGAGAUGAGCUGAUAAAGAAGUUGUGUGAUAGUAAUGAGAGGUCCAAGGAGCACUUAAGGACCAUUUCUAUUGUUGGAUUUGGCGGGUUGGGCAAGACAACUCUCGCCAAAGCAGUGUAUGACAAGAUCAAAGUGGAGUUUGAUAGUGUAGCUUUUGUUUCUGUGUCUCGGAAUCCUGACAUGACCAACAUUUUCAAGAAGCUCUUAUAUGAACUUGACAAGGGCAAGUAUGCAACCAUCAACGAAGCUACUAGGGACGAGGGACAACUCCUCGAUGAAUUGAGGAUAUUUCUUCAAGAUAGGAGGUAUCUCAUUGUAAUUGAUGACAUAUGUGAUGAAGAAGCAUGGGAAUUUAUCAAGUGUGCUUUCUCCGACAACUGUCUCGGUAGUCGAGUAAUGACUACCACACGCAUAGGCAGCAUCUCUAAAGCAUGUUGCUCUUCUGGUGAUGAUAUAAUAUAUCAGAUGAAACCUCUUACUGAUGAUGACUCCAAAAGACUCUUCUACAAAAGAAUAUUUCUUCAAGGAAGUAAAUGUCCAGAUGAAUUGGAGCAGGUAUGUAGAGAAAUUUUAAAGAAAUGUGGUGGAGUACCACUAGCCAUCAUUACAAUUGCUAGUAUUUUAGCUACUAAUCGUCAAGACCAACACAUAAAGCCAAAGUAUCAAUGGGAGAACAUACUUGUCUCUAUUGGUCGUGGACUUACCGAAGGGGGUAGUACGAAGGACAUGCAAAGAAUAUUGUCCUUUAGUUAUUACGAUUUACCUUCUCAUUUGAAGACUUGUUUAUUAUAUCUCAGUAUAUUUCCAGAGGAUUCUGAGAUAAGGAGAGACCGGUUGAUAUGGAUGUGGAUAGCCGAAGGGUUUGUGCAAGGUGGAAAACAAGAAACUACACUAUUUGAGCUCGGAGAGAGUUACUUCAAUGAGCUCGCAAAUAGAAAUUUGAUUCAACCGAUAUAUCUUGAUGUUGAAGGCAGGACGGGAGCUUGUCGUGUGCAUGAUAUGGUUCUCGACCUCUUAUGUUUCCUGUCCAGCGAAGAAAACUUUGUUACUAUAAUAGAUGGUACUCAGCAAAGCAAACCUAUUUCACAUUGCAAGAUUCACAGAUUAUCUUUCCAAAACAGCAUGUCAGAUCUCACCACCCAUCGGGUCAAUGCCACAAAUAUGUCACAAGUGAGGUCUGUUAUUCUCCUUAGAACUUAUAUUGAUCUGAUCCAGACUAUUUCACACUUUCAAGUUUUACGUGUAUUGGAUUUGGAAGGUUGUAAUCUUGGGAAAAAUCUCCACCAUACUGAUCUCAGGUAUAUCGAGAAUUUAUUGCACCUAAGGUAUCUGGGGCUAAGAAGAACUUUUGUUUCUGAGCUCCCUGUGGAAAUAGGAAAGCUAAAAUUUUUGCAGACACUCGACUUGGUAGAAAGUGGACCAGAGCCAGGAUCAAGUAUAGUGAUUCCACCAAGUGUUGUCCGUCUAAGACAUUUGAUUUGCCUACAUGCAUCCAAUGAGGUGUUACCCGUUGGGAUCGGGGACAUGGCGUCCUUAGAAGAGCUGACUGGAGUAUUGAUGGAUGGUCCUUCUGUGAUUAAUAAAGAGCUAGGGAAAUUGAUCAAGCUGAGAGUGCUCGACCUUAUUUGGAAUGGGCACGAUGAGAGCGUGUGUAAUUCUUUGGUAGUGUCCCUGGGGAAUCUGCGGAAAAUGCAAAGUCUAACUAUUUACAGCCACGGCAGUGCAAGGUUUGAUGUGAGCUGGGAUGACUUUGUGCCCACUCCAGAACUUCGUGCCAUUGAGUUUCAUCGAUGCACCACCACAUUGCCUAGGUGGGUCAAUUUGUCAUCAUUUCCCCUACUCUCGUCCAUGAAUAUUACAGUGAACAUGGUGCGGCCAGAAGUCGACUUUCAGAUCCUCGGGAAGCUUCCCGCUCUUCGUUCUCUCAUGCUAGGGGUCAACAAAGUUCAGCAUACUCGUGUCGAAAUGUUCGUCGUUGGCGCCAAUGCAUUCCCAUGUUUGAGAGUGUGCAAGUUCUUCCGUUUUCUCACGGGACCAUCUAUGUUUCCACGAGGAGCUAUGCCAAGGCUCGUAAUCCUGCGGUUCUCAGCCCGAGCGUUGGAUAUAGCUAGUGGUGACCAGGAUGUCAGCAUGGGGCACCUCCCUUCCCUCCAGCAAGUCACGGUUUACCUUUGGGUUGAGAAAGGCAGCUCUUCAGAUAAGUGUAAGAAGGAAGCGGAUGUUGUGCUGAGGCAUGCAGCGGACACCCACCCCAACCGUCCCAACCUUGAGACCUAG